GUGCAGGCUCUGUAUUCUCACUGAGCAGUGAGACACUUCACCGGGUUCAGCUGCUUCACGUUUCCCCUCACAGCAUUAUGUCAGACAGCCAGCGGGGUCUCGUCUAUCUGAUCACCGGAGGCUCCGGAUUCCUCGGGAGGCACCUGCUGAGGGUUUUGCAGGAGAAGGAAGACAAACUGGCGGAAGUCCGUGUGUUUGACAAAUACCCCGACUCAAGUUUAAAUGCACUCAGCACAGAGCGGACAAAAGUUGUGGUCAUUCAGGGGGACAUCACAGACUACAACAGUGUAUUGGAGGCUUCGCGCGGUGUCGAUGUCGUCAUUCACACGGCAAGCUUGGUGGAUGUUUGGCACCGAGUCCCGGAGACCCUCAUCUACUCCGUCAAUGUCACAGGAACUGAGAAUGUGAUAAAUGCCUGUGUGGAGUGUGGCAUCCAGUCCCUGGUCUACACCAGCAGCAUGGAAGUGAUCGGCCCCAACAUCAAUGGAGAUGCAUUUAUCAGGGGCAAUGAAGACACACCUUACAAUGUGAAACACACUAUGGCCUAUCCCAAGAGCAAAGCAAAGGCAGAGAAGAUUGUGCUUGAAGCUAAUGGCACCAAGGUGAAGGGUGGACAGUGUUUACACACAUGCUCUCUGAGGCCGACGGGGAUCUAUGGCGAGGGCCACGAGCUAAUUAAGGAUUUCUACAAGCAGGGUGUACAAAGGGGAGGCUUGAUCAUCGGGGGUGUCCCAGAAAAUUCCGAACACGGGCGUGUCUAUGCAGGCAACGUAGCCUGGAUGCAUCUGCUUGUAGCCCGAGCCCUGAGGGAGCGCCCGCAGACGGUGGGAGGUGAAGCUUUCUUCUGCUACGAUGACUCACCCUACAAGAGCUACGAGGACUUCAACAUGAUGUUCCUUUCCACAUUUAACUUCCGAAGGGUCCGCAUGCCCGCACUGGUCCUCUGGGUUCUGGCCAUAGUUAAUGACUUGCUCCGCUGGAUACUGAGCCCUGUUUACAACUUCACGCCGUUAUUGAACCGUUACACCUUAGCCGUGGCUAGUACCUCCUUCACUGUCCGCACAGACAAAGCCCUGCGUCACUUUCAGUACCGCCCGCUGUAUGACUGGGAUCAAUGUCUAGCCCGCACACAGAAAUGGGUUGACACUUUCCCUCUGGAUAACCCCAAAGACUCUUAAUGUCUGCUAUAAAGCACACCAUAUUCAGUGUUGUAUGACCAUUUCAUUUCAUUGUUAUAUUUGUUAAAUAUAUACAUUUGUUAACAGCGUUGUUAAAGAAAUUAUGAUUUACAACCACCAAGAGAUCAUGCAUUUUGUUAGGAAUGUGCUGCAAUUAAGUUAUUAACCAAUUAUGACAGAUGUAAACACAAUUUACAGCAAUUUACUACAUAUAUACUAAGAUCUGUAUUUUGGGGGCACCUUUAGGGGGUAGUUUAGCUGGCAGAGUCUGUGUCAUUCUCUCUCUC